AUGACCAGGGACCUCGCGGAAACCAACGACAUAGGAGAAACGCCACUGGACUUCAGCAUCGGCAGGCGACUCCUAGAGACCACUAAACUACUCUGUGAAUCAGUGGAUUUACACAAGGCUCAGGCUGCCAUCAGAUGCCUUGGUCUUAGACGGGGCAAUUAUGUCCACUACGCCAUUCGACAAGAUGCAAGGAUUGCGCUUUACCUCGCAAACAAAGCCGACGAGGCAACUCUCCGCGAGCAGGACAUAAUUAUGGCAUGCCUUUAUGAGCUAGGUCGAGGUGCGUCUCAGGUUCCGCAGCUAACCCCUGAAUACGACCUAGAUCUCACCGACUUUUCAGAACGGCAUAUCAAUUUUAACCUAAGCGGGCUUGAGCACCCUGCUAGUAAAGAAGCAUAUCUCGACCGAUUAUCGCGGCACUUGCGGUUUGAAAGUGUACUUAAACAAGUGGUUCUACCUCAGAUCACCGUAGAGUCUUCAGCAGAUCCCGGACAGGAAAGAAGCAGGAGUCAACCACCCAGCGCUUUCACACCCUAUGUACAUCCUGGUGACAAACAGCCUUUUCACGUGGUCGCUCUGACCUUGCAGUCGUAUUCAGCUGGCUACGGAGACAAGGGGUCAGAAGGAUCAUCAAGGUCAUUUCCGUCCCACUCUGAUGCCAGCAUUGAGGAGGCGUUGCAAGGUUUCGAUGUAGAGAUCUGGGACUGGAAGCGAAUGGCCGCCCAGCAGCUUGAACGUGUGAAGCUUUUCGUUAAAGAGGUAGGAGGAACCGGCGAGUUCCCAGCAAGGGAACUGAUCCAAGCUAAUAAUUCCCAGGGUCUAGAAGACCAUGACCUAUUAAUGGCAUACCUCGAGUUCUUCAAGAAAGCGAUUGAGGAGCAAACCAACAACCAAGUCAAAGUGUACUACGGUGUAGACAAACUGGACAUCAGAUAUCCAUUCGAAAUGAAGAGCAUCGAGGGUGAUGUGCAAGCGUUAGUAGCAUCUAUCCGUUCCGCUGUCGAUGCCUGUCUUUGGCCAACGCACUUACUCGGCGGCAGUGAAAUCCCUUGGUAUGACUGCAUGGCCAACUUCUCCAGUCUGCUGAGAAAGACCCCAAGCCCGCAGAUGACAGGCCGUGUCAAGAUCGCGAUCAUAGACGACGGCAUAGACGCCAUGUGGGACGGCUUCGAUGGGAAGAUCGCCUCCGGGGAAAUGUUCGCCAAAUCAAUGACGGACUUGGUGAAUCCAUAUUAUACCUCGUCAAGCAACCAUGGGAUAUACAUGGCCAUGCUUAUUUGUAAGAUCUGCCCCGAGGCCAUUCGCUGGGCGACAAGCUGUGGAGUUCACAUUAUCUCCAUGGGCUGGGCGAUGCAGCCAUUUCCUAAGGCGGUUCAAGAAGCUGCCAGACUUGGAAUCCUCGUAUUCUGUUCGACAUCCGAUCAUGGCUCCACCACCACAGACGCGUAUUUUCCUCGCGAUUUCGAGACUGUAUCGCGGUGCUUCUACUCACACGGGCGAGCCGAUGCCCUUCGUCCACUUCGAGAAGCUGAACAUGCGCCAUUGCUUCCAAAAGAUGUCGCCGGUCAAAAAGUUUGUGCAUAUGCCGCCAGUCCUCGGCCCCCUAUUCGAGCAGGCUCUCGCGCGUUCCAGGGCCGCCGCCAAUCACAAGGCGGGGCAUUUCUCUGCCGCGCAUAG